UAUCUAUGCCCCGCAUUUGCGUCCCCACAUCCCAAAUGCUGAGGUUGUUCAUUGUCAAACCCAAUAAAUUGUUGUGAUUGCUUCCACAUGAGGAGGGCACAAUCAUCUUCAUUUCGUUGAUUAAAGUAGCAACAGUAACAGUAGAAACCAGCAACUCUACCUCCAAAAUGGCUCGAUUGCUGAAUGCGAUGGGAACUCUCUUUAAAAAACACCCGUUUAUAACCAACAGUGCCGUCUAUGGAAGUCUUUAUGUGGGAGCCGAAAUGUCACAACAGUUUCUGACCAAAAAAGUUCUGGUUGAGAACGACUCAUUGAAAGAGGACAUUGAUUAUCCAACCAUAGGUCGGUAUGCUGUAAUGGGAACAGUUAUUUAUGCUCCAACACUCUACCAAUGGUACAAAUGGUUGGAUCGCACUUUUCCUGGAACAGCGAAGAAAGUUAUUAUCAAAAAAUUAUUUGUGGAUCAGUUUGUGUUGACGCCGUACUUGCUGACAGUCUUCUAUACGGGAAUGGCUAUAAUGGAAGGUGCCGAUGAUAAGUUCCUCGAAUUAAGACAAAAGUUUUUGCCAACAUUCGAACGGUCCUGCAUGUUCUGGUUGCCAGCACAGUUGUUCAAUUUUGUCCUGAUAGCUCCGCGAUUCCGUGUCAUGUACAUGGGUGUUUGUGGCUUUGUCUGGGUUAACAUUCUCUGUUGGAUAAAACGGCAACAAACGCACAAUGACAAUGAAUCCGCAGUUGCAACAACGAAUAACGAAUGAAGUUGGGAAAAUGGAGGAUAGCAACAUUUUGUACAGCACAAAAAACAUUCCGCUUUUUUAGGAAGUUAAUAAAAUAUUUUGUUAAAAAAAA